UCAACACAGGUGGCGUACUUCCUGGUCGUUUGACAACACCGUUUUCUCUUACGGAAAACAAAUAUGUAACAUGUAUUUACACAGCCAGGGCUGAGUAAUUUACGAAACAGACUUAACUGUAACCAUUACGGAUAUUUUAUUGAAGACAAUAAUCUCGUCUGAAGGAAAAACAAACCGCUGAUUUGCUAAUGGACGGUGUUUUACGUUUUUGUUGUGCCAUCGUAUUGCUAUAUUGCUUCAUCGGUGGAAAUGAGUAUGGACAUGUAGCUAAUGUGGAGUUUUUUGUCAAACACUUUUGACUUUUUUUGUGUGAUACUGUGUUGUGAGCUGCAACAGGGAACUGAGGUCGCACAUUCUGCAGGCCUGUGCGUGUUUUCUACUUUGGAACAUUAACAGGGUUUUUUGCUUUGCUUGGCCGAGGAGUCGAAGUGACGUUACGACUGAUAAGCACAAAUACAGAGUUGACUCAGCUUAGAGGUAACGGCAACAUGAGUUUCUUUAGUUUUGGGCAAAGUGCAGAAAUUGAUGUGGUCUUGAAUGACGCUGAAACGAGGAAGAAGGCUGAGCACAAGACUGAAGAUGGAAAGAAAGACAAAUACUUUCUCUUCUAUGAUGGUGAAACUGUCAGUGGAAAGGUGAAUGUUACAUUGAAGAACCCUGGGAAGAGACUGGAGCACCAGGGAAUCAAAAUUGAAUUUGUUGGCCAAAUAGAGCUGUAUUACGACAGAGGAAACCAUCAUGAAUUUGUUUCUCUGGUAAAAGACCUCGCAAGACCUGGUGAAAUAACUCAGUCGCAGACCUUUGACUUUGAGUUCACUCAUGUUGAAAAGCCGUACGAGUCAUACACAGGCCAGAACGUCAAGUUAAGAUACUUUCUUCGUGCUACAGUGAUCAGAAGACUGAAUGACAUCAGUAAAGAGAUGGACAUUGUGGUCCACACUUUGAGCACCUACCCUGAACUCAACUCUUCUAUUAAGAUGGAAGUGGGAAUUGAAGACUGUCUUCACAUUGAGUUUGAGUAUAAUAAAUCCAAGUACCAUCUGAAAGAUGUAAUUGUGGGAAAAAUCUACUUCUUGCUGGUGAGGAUUAAAAUAAAACACAUGGAGAUUGACAUCAUCAAACGUGAAACAACAGGCACCGGCCCCAGCGUGUACCAUGAAAAUGACACCAUCGCCAAGUAUGAGAUCAUGGACGGCGCUCCGGUCAGAGGCGAGUCCAUUCCCAUCAGGUUAUUUCUGGCUGGCUACGAUCUUACCCCCACCAUGCGAGACAUUAACAAGAAGUUCUCAGUGAGGUACUACCUGAACCUGGUGCUCAUUGAUGAGGAGGAGAGACGAUACUUUAAACAGCAGGAAAUCACACUAUGGAGGAAAGGUGACGUUGUGAGGAAGAGUAUGUCUCACCAGGCCGCCAUCGCCUCUCAGAGGUACGAGGGCUCUGCUGCUUCAGAGAGCGCACUGGAACAGGCUGCGAAGGAGGACAGCGGGUAGAGUCGCUGCCCUCCAGUCUCCUCUCAGAAGACUCCUGUGCAUCUGCAUCGGAGUAACGGACUAACUUGUCAACUGUACAACAUCCGGUGAAGCAGCUGUUUUAUCUGUAACCACUGCUGGUAAAGGGAGGACGAAGGGAGACCAACGUACAGCGUACAGUAUGUGGACAAUGAAAACAGUUUGCAUGAGGCUUUCAGAGUGGCUUCAGGCUGCUGGUCUUGUCCUUCCUCAUUGAUGCUCUUUGUUUUUCUCCAUGGGAACCAAACUAAUCACCUGUUGUGACAUCCACUGUGUAAAAUCUUUAUGUGAAUUCUUACAUUUUUAAGUGAUCACCUUUCUGUUUGUUACAUUCUAAUACUUUUUGGGAUUAAAUGAUUUCUAAUCUCUCAAUUAAUGCAACUGAAUUAUCCUGAAUUUUCUGCAAAAUAUAUGUCUGACAUUCCACAUUUAAUGAAUUUAUUAUUGUUAUUAUUAUUAUUAUUAUUAUUAUUAUAAGGCCAAGAAAGUUAAAAUAACUUUGCACUGCUUUAUCUUGCUAAAUACAUUUGGUUGUAUUUUAUGUGUGUUUGCACAAAAAUACAGUGAACGUGGGAACUGGAAUCUUUUCUUUUUGAGCGACAGGGCGUAAGUAUUGUCCCAAAAUCCCACUUUUUUUUUUUUUUUUUUUUUAAAUCUGUAAAUACAACCAGCUCAAAUAUGUUAUCCUUUUCCUUGUCACAGCUCGUGUACUGUGACUAAACAGCACAGUGCCACGAAACCACCUGUCAUGUCCAUACGCUUUACCUCAGCAUUCCAGUGGUGUUAGGAAAGGAUGUCAAAGUGUUUGUAUUACGGUCUGAUAGUAUCAAGUCUUCUUUAUCUUCAUUAGACACUUGAAAGUUGUGCCUAAAGUGUAUCAAGCAAAUGAGAUCCUCCUGCCUCUAACCUAAUUUUAGUCUUUUAACCAGAGAAAAGUUACUGUAGAACUGUCUAUCUUUUGCAAAAUGCUAAUCAAUUAUUUCUUGUCCCAACCUGUCAAAUAAAUUGAUGCCAAAUAGAAAAAA